GUUUCAUUGCAGUAAACAUUUGCAGCGAUCAAGAGUCAACAUUUUUGUAAAGUCAGUAUCCGUUAGACGUCUGAAAUUUCAGCUAUCCGACCCGAGCAGAUAACGAUAGCCAGCCAAAAAGACCAGCGACAAAGCCGUAAUUAAUACCCGAAAGGGAGAACGAGUGACGACUUUUGAUAAGAGCCAGAUCAUGUGCACAGAACUAAAAGAAGGAGAUCGGAAUAAGAACGAACUAAUGAACUGAGGAGCGAGGGAUCUGGGAACUAGUUCGCGUAGUUCGUCUGUGGGAGCGCUCUUCCGAACUAGUUCGUUCGCGAACUACACAAGUCUACUGCAAACAUUAUGUAUGCCAUUAUCUAUGGGCUAAGGUUUGGUUUUUAAAUGUGAUCUGGUAAAUUAUGCAGUAAAACUUUUGAUUUAAGUUUUGAGAAAUACUUAGGUAGAAUGGGUAAUUUUCAAUGAAAUCUGAAAUUUCCGUUGAAUCAUCUUACUUUUUAUUCAUUCAUAGGCCUACGUUGUACAUUCUUUGAACGGUAUUGGUUGAGCGGCAGAUUCAAAUGCAGAAUCAGAUGCGUAUGCGGUUAUUUGCAAUGCAAGUAGCACGUGCUCGUGAAAUGCUGUACUGGUUUGGUUCUUUUUACUUGCUUGCAACUUUAGGAAUGGUAGCAGGGUUUCAAACCCAUGGAAUGGAGGUGAUGCCGCUGUCUUAGUGUGCAUAGCUGCAGCGGAAGUUAUGCAUGUACUUUCUGCUGGAUAGUAAUGAAGUGACUUAAAGCUCAACCCUUUACCAAGUCAUUGGGCAUGUACUGAAUCUCGACAAAGUUCAUCAGUGGGAAAUGGUACCCUCAUUAACAGGGGAGAACUGCAUACCAUUACUGUAUGGAAAGGACGCCUGAGUACUUAGGCUGUAAUGCUGGCCUCCGCGGGAGUUCCAAGUUAUUCUCGCGACAGUUAUGAGUGAUUCCUGGAACAGUUUCGAACAGAUUCAGAGCAAAGGGAAGUGUGACAUCGGCGAAGAAAAGGAGAGAGACCCCCCUCUGAGAGUGGCGUGACGCGGAGGUCGACUGGAUCUCAUAAGUGCAGUGACUGAGUGGUGCGAGACUGUGUGUGUAGACAAGCGCGAGGUAAGAGGCGAACCACUGUUGAGCCUAGCUCCAGUGAGGAGUGUUAACUGUGGAACUUGUCAGAUAUUGAGUGACUUGAGGAUAAACAUUUUUAAGUGCCAGUGAUUUGAGAUUGGACAUUUUUAAGUAAAAUUAUUUAUUAUUAUUGUAAAUACUAGUAAUCGGUAAAACGGUAGUUAAACUUAAUUAGGCUAUCCCUUACGAACCCAGUUCUUCCCACAUUAUAAAUCUUAAAAUUUUUGGUGUCAGAAGUGGGAUAGCCCUAAUUAAAUAAUUUACAAAUAUUUAAUAGAGAUUAAAAAAAUUAAUUGUAGUUUGGAUUUUUGGUAUUGAAAUUAGUAGUGGUAGUAAAGUUAGUGUUAGUUUUGAGUAGGAAUUUAGGUUAGCUCUUAGGUGAAAUUAUAGCAUAGUAUAGGACAGUAGUGAUAGUGACAGAUUAAUAAUGCAUGUUGACAAGAAAAAUGGCUGCCGGUGAACUUAGAAAUAUGUUUUUCUAAAACAGAGAAGGCCCAAGAAGAGAUGAAUAUAAAAUUGAUAAUUACCAAGAAGAGAUGAAGAGCCAAAUGAAGAAUUGUCAAGAAAUGGAGAGCCAAAUUAAUUCCCAAGAAGAGAUGAAGAAUGAAAUUAAGAACUGCCAAGAAGAGAUGAAGAGAUAUAUGUAAUGAACUCGUGGCUGCUCAAAAAGAAUUAAAAAAGAGGAUGGAUGAAACCAGUAUUCAUUUGGAAGGGAGAGUGCAGUGUUUGGAGCAACAUCUAGCAGAACAUGAAGAACUGAAGAGUGCCGUCAGAUGAUCAAGGAAGCUACAUCUGCUAAGAAACAGAGUAGUUAUUCCGGAGACGUGAAGGUGGAAGGCGCAACUAGUCACCCAAAAUUCAAGUUACCUACCUUUGACGGCCAAUCGUCAUGGGCUGUCUACAAGCGACAGUUCAAGGCAGCUGCUGAAGUGAAUGGUUGGGACGAGGAAGAAAAGGCUACAGCACUUGUCUUGGCCCUGCGAGGAUCUCCAUUAGAGCUGCUGCAGACCAUACCAGUUCCAGACCAGAAAGAUUUGAUGUAUUAGUAGAGGCCCUUGAGCUGAGGUAUGGCUACCAACACAUGGGCUAGGUGUAUAAAACAGCCCUGAAGACACGUCGACAGAGAUCUUUAUAAACCAUCCAAGAAUUCAAAGCCGACAUCAAGCGACUCGUGUACGUCACCUACCCAGAAGCACCAACAGAGUUCCGCCAGCAGCUAGCCACUAGUGCUUUUAUAGACAGGCUCAGAGAUGCGGAGGUUCAGCAAACUCUUUGUUUGGUCCAACACAAGAAGAUCUGCGAGGCCUUGGUCCAUGUCCUGGAAAUUGAGGCAGUAUGCAGUGCCUCAAGAAACACAAGCAUCAACACAAGGAAAGCUGGACUGGAGCCCUAAAGUGGAGCAAAUGCCAGAAACACCACUAAUGAAAUAGAUAUUCUCAGGGCAUUGAAGAAUCUGCUGAAUGAUACUCGAGGUAACCAGAUCAGAAGAGCAGGAGAAUUCCCGCGGUGCUUCGUCAGCAAUAAACCAGGACACAUCCAGUGUGACUGUCCGACAUGCAGGAAGACAUUGCAGUAGGAAGAGAAACAGUAAGAUCAACAGGAAAACAUGCAAUAGCUGGUGUGAGGGGGUAUAUGCCAGCUCUAUAGGAAAUGGUAACCCCUAGGGUUUUUCCUGUAUCUGUAUUUCGUAGAGGCCAUGACAAUUUGUUGCUUAAUGGAUGGAUCAAUUGCAGACAGUGUUUAGUUACUGUUGACACAGGAGCAUCUGCAUCUAUAAUUUGGACAGACAUUGUAAGUAAAGAAAAGCUGAAGAGAACACCCUUCCCAUAUAGACUCAAAACAGCCACCGCAAACAUUUCACCUGUGUAUGGACAGCUGGAUUUGGAGGUAAGGAUUGGAACUUGAACAUUAUCACAGACCUUGUUUGUUGCUGAUAUCACAGAUGAGGUAAUAUUAGGAGUGGACAUCAAGAAUCGAUACUGAUUUUUUAUUGACAUGGAAGGUCAGGUACUGCGUGUUAAAGAUGAAGAGGUGGCCUUGUUUACCCCCGACCAAUUAGAAGUCACUGUAAUGCAAGUGGUAGUUAGCAAAUCUGUUGAAUUCCAGCAAACCAUUAGCAGAUAAUAUCAGCUAGGAUUACGGGAGACCCUAGGGGCAACAUGAGCUACCUGAUAGAGCCAGAUAUGACAUUAGGAUUGAAGACACUCCUGGUCGCCCGAAGCAUUGCACGGUUCGGUGAGGUUGUACCAAUCAGGGUGGCCAACCUCUACUCUCGAAGAAGGGUUCUUGAACCAGGAGACCUAAUAGCUAGCUGCGAACCAGUCUCUUGGGUAGGCCAAUGUUGAGUUUUUCACCUGUUAAAUGUGAUGCGCAAACACUGAACCCAAAUCUAGAGCAUCUACUAAGGCGAUGCCAAGAUAAUCUAACAGAUGGGGAAAUAGAAUAAGUUACAGCUUUUCUUGUAAGCAACCGGAUGUCUUUUCCUAAGGGGAUUCUGACCUUGGGAGAACAAGCCUGGUCUACCAUCGCAUCAACACAGGUGAUGCAGAGCCAAUCCGACAAGCACCAUGGCGGCUGCCUCUAGCAAAACAGGAGAAGUAUAGAAGUUGAUCGUGGGUAUGAUGGAGGGUAGUGUAAUAGAACCAUCAGCGAGUCCUUGGGUUUCCACAGAUGGCCAACUGAGGUUCUGUGUGGACUACCGGAAGCUGAAUGACAUCACCAAGAAGGACAGCUACCCUCUCCCACGUAUCAAUGACACACUUAAUACACUCUCUAGCACCAGAUGGUUCUCUACACUGAACCUGAAGAGUGGUUACUGGCAAGUUGAACUACACCCAGAGGAUAAGGAGAAGACUCAAGACAGGUAGUGGGCUGUUCCAGUUCAUUGUGUUACCAUUCAGGAUAUGUAGUGUUCCUGCAACUUUUGAGAGAUUGAUGGAACUUGUUCUGCAUGGCUUGACCUGGAAAACAUGCCUAAUAUAGCUGGACAACAUUAUUGUGGUAGGGAAUACAGUGGAGGAACAUUUGAGAAAUCUCCAGGAUGUAUUCGACAGCUUCAACGUGCCCAAUGUAAGUUAGGUUCUAAGAAGUGUUUCUAGUUUCAGCAUGAGGUAACAUUCCUGGGCAUAUUGUAUCACAGGAUGGAUUGCGAACAGUUACUGAGAAGAUUUGGUCUGUUAAGUAGUGGCCUCAAUCUAAAAAUAAUUAUGAAGUUAGAAGUUUCUUGGGAGACUGUACCUACUAUAGACGGUUUGUACUUGGGUUCUUGACAAUCGCAAAACCAUUGCAUCAGCUAACCGAGAACAAGAGAAAAUUUAUUUGGACUUCAACAUGUGAGACUGCCUUUCAAGACCUCAAGGAAUCCCUGUGCAUUAGCCCCAUACUUGCCUAGCCCUAUCAACAUGGAGAGUACAUCCUCGACACAGAUGCAAGCAGAGAUGUGUUGGGUGCUGUACUUUCCCAGGUUCAAGAUGGAAAUGAACAAGUAAUAGCAUACUACAGCAAAGUUUUAUCUAAGCCUGAAGGCAACUAUUGUGUCACAAGACAAGAAUUCUUGGCUGUAGUGAAGUCUCUGCAACAUUUCCAAAAAUAUUUAUGUGGAAGAAAAUUCCUUUUAUGCACUGAUUAUGACACACUUAAGUAGCUACUACAGUUUAAGAAUCCAGAGGGACAACUUGCUAGGUGGAUUGAACAGAUACAGCAAUAUGAUUGUCGGAUAGAACACAGGAAAGGCCAAAUUCACAGCAAUUCAAUGCCCACUCCUGAAAACCUUGCAAGGUAGACUGUAACCAUUGCAAUAGGGUGGAGAAAAAUUAGGGGAUCGAAGAUGUUGUAGUGUAGUCAUGAAGUUGGUGCCACUGUAAGACAGUUGUGAUGAUGGUGUCAUGGAGCUGGGAUAAACACGGAGUGGUAACAGAUAAUAAAUAGAAUAGAAGCAGUGUAUGUGAUAUUAUUAUAUGUCUGCCCUUACCCUGAAUGGGCACUACAACAUGGCGCAGUCGGUAGGAUCAAUAGUAAAAGACCAUUGUAUCAAGAAGAAUAAAUAACACAGUGCCGAAUAAAUGGAAAGUGCGGGAGGAAACAAAAUAAAUGAACUCGUGAACCUAAAGUAACAGCACGGAUUAAUAUGUCGAUAAGACAAGAACAAGAAAAAAACAAUCUAUAAAAAGUGAACACCAGGCUACUGCAAACGUCACAUAACCUCAACAUGGCGGGAACUGUUAAUUUGCCAGAUGCAUUGAUACUUUCAGGAAACGUGGCAGCACACUGGAAAACCUUCAAACAAAACUUUGAGAUUUAUAUUAUUGCCAGUGGAAACGAUAACAAACCUGAUAAUAUCAAAAUAGCUCUCUUGCUAAACAUUAUAGGUCAAGAAGGUGUUGAUCUGUACAACACAUUCAAUCUUAACAAUGAAGAGAAAACAAAGUAUGAUAAGGUGAUACAAACAUUUGAACAACACACAACCCCCAAAAAAAAUGAAGCAUUUGAUCGAUACAUUUUUAAUCAGCGGUGCCAAGCUGAAGGUGAAACUAUUGACCAUUUUGUCACUGAUCUGAAAAGACUGGCUAAAUCAUGUUCAUUUGGGGACCUCGAAGAAUCCCUGAUUCGUGACAGAAUCAUUGUGGGAAUAAGUAGUACCACGCUGAGGGAGAGUCUCCUGAGAAUAGAAGAUUCAACACUUCAGCAAGUAGUCAACCAUUGUCAGGCAUCAGAGAGAAGUCGGGAACAAGCAACACAGAUGCAACAGGGCCAAGGUAGGACCAAACAAACUGGUGGAGAAGAAACAACCUCAAUUCCAGUUGAUGCCGUUGCUCGAGGAAAAUAUAACCCUAAAAGAACAAUUAGGACAACUAUGCAACAAGACAGUCAAAAACAACACGUACAUGAACGUGCGAGAUACUAUGAACAACCAAAACAUCUUCAAAGCAUUUCAAAUUGCUCAUAUUGUGGCAGAAAACAUCCUCCAAGACAAUGUCCAGCUUAUGGCAAAAAAUGCUCUGCAUGCCAGAAAUAUAAUCAUUUUGCGGCUAUGUGCCGAACAGAACAACAAAUCCACGAAAUUAGUACAAAUGAACAUUAUAGUGAGAAAAAUAAUGAUAGUGAAGAAGACGUUGCAUUUAUGUAUGGAAUUGUGGCUAAACAAGAAAAAGAAAUUGACUCAUUGAGGGCGAAACCAACAAAAGAAUGGAGACAGGAUGUAUGGGUAGAAAACAAAAAAAUCAAUUUUAAACUGGACACUGGAGCAGCUGUUAACACUAUACCAAGCGAGAUAUUUGAUCAAAUAAGACCAGAAGUGAAAAUUAAGCAGACAAACAUAACACUGGAAGCAUUUGGUGGAUCUACAAUUAAACCAGAAGGAACUGUCACACUCAAAUGUGAAGUGAAGGGAAGAAAGGUAGAUUUGAAAUUUGUUGUGGUAAAUUUACAGACAACACCACUACUAGGUUUAGAAGGAUGUGAACAGCUUGAACUAGUGAAGAAGGUACAGUCAAUUGUGGCAGAGCCUACAGACAGCAUUAAGAGAGAGUUUGUGAAAAACAAUUCUAAAAUAUUUCAAGGCUUAGGUAAGUUUCCUGGCAUAUACACAAUUAAGAUAAGAAAAGAGGCUAAACUAAUUAAUGAGCCCCCACACAGGAUUCCAAGUUCAAUGAAGCCAACUUUCAAAAGAACUCUUGAAACAAUGGAAAAGAGAAAAGUGAUUGAAAGAGUAGAAAAUCCAACACUGGAACAUUGCAUUAAUCAGUUAGUAACUGUAGAGAAACGAAAUGGGGAACUAAGGUUCUGCCUAGAUCCACAAGAGCUAAACAAAAUCAUUGUCUCAGAACAUCAUCUAAUUCCAACCGUGUCAGAAGUGGCUGAAACAUUGGCUUUUAAUGAGUAUUUUACGGUGUUGGACUUAAAAGAUGGGUAUCAUCAAAUUGAGCUGGAUGAAAAAUAAAGUAAUUUGUGUAGCUUCUCAACUCCGUAUGGAGUAUACAAGUUCAAAAGACUUCCUUUCGGCCUUAUCUGUGCUAGCGAAACUUUUCAAAAACAAAUGGAAGGCAACUUCAAUGAUAUUCCCAAUGUGAUGGCAUAUCAGGAUGAUCUCAUUGUAUAUGCAAAAUCAGCAGAAGAGCAUGAUAAAGCCUUGCAACAAGUACUUCUUAGGGCUGAAGAGAGAAAUAUCAAGUUUAACGCAAGGAAAGUGCAGUAUAGAAAAAAUGAAGUUACAUAUAUAGGCUUCAAAUUUAGCAAGCAAGGAAUGAGUAUGGACCAAGAUCGAGUAAGAGCAUUAGUCGACCUCAAAGCUCCAGCUUCGAAAAAAGAGCUCCAACGAUGUAUGGGAAUGUUUAACUAUGUUCGACAAUUCAUUCCGCAUAUGUCUACCAUAACAGCACCCUUGCGGCAACUUUUAUCAGACAAUGUAUGCUAUCAGUGGCUACCUACACAUGAAAAUGCUUUUAAUGAAAUUAAAACUUUGAUAUCCAAUGCACCAGUAUUGGCAAACUUUACACCAUGCAAAAAAAUAGUGAUUCAAUGUGAUGCCAGCAAGGAUGGAUUAGGGUGUGUGUUACUGCAGGACCAACAACCUGUAGCCUUUGCAUCGUCAAGCAUGACACAAGCCGAACAAAACUAUUCACAGUCAGAGAAAGAGAUGAGAGCCAUUGAGUUUAGCCUGAAAAAAUUUCACAAUUAUGUGUAUGGGUAUAAGGUCACAAUCAUGACGGACCACAAACCACUUGUUGCUACAAUGAACAAGCCUGUACACAAAAUAGGUUCAUCAGUUCUACGCAGACUGAGGCUAAAAAUACUAAAAUACAACAUAGAGGUAAAAUACUUACCUGGACCUCAAAUGUACAUUGCAGAUCUACUGUCCCGGUCAUAUCUCUUAGGUCCUACUGAAGAGGACCCAGAAAUGAAAGAACUAGUUCAUGAACUAGUUAGGCAUUUACCCAUGUCUGAGUCAAAGAAAGAACUCUUUAUCAAGACCACAGAAACAGAUAAUGAACUUUCAGCUCUCAAGGACAUGUAUGGCAAGGGUUGGCCUGAACAUAAAAAACAAGUGCCAGAGUGCAUUAGGUGGGCAUGGCCUAUGAGAAAUGACAUUUAUGUGGACAAUCAGUUGCUCUUUUACAAUGACAAACUCAUUGUACCUCAAGCACUGAAGAAUCUUAUUUUGAACCUGUUGCAUGAAGGUCACAAUGGAAGGGACAAGACUAUAGCCAAAGCCAAAACAUGUAUUCAGACAUUACAAGAUGGGUGAGUGGAUGCCAUAUAUGUGAGAAAUAUCAAUCAAUGAAGAAGAAAUCACCAAUGAUUGCACAAGAGAUUCCACAACUCCCUUUUGAGAAGGUUUCAGUGGACAUUCUGGAUAAUGCAGGCAAGAACUACUUGAUUGUUGUUGACAUAUUCUCAAAGUGGCUGGAAAUAAUACCAAUAAAUCAUAAGACAGCAGAAAAUGUUUGUGAUAAACUGAGGGAUGUGUUCUGCACGCAUGGCAUUCCAAGAGUAAUUAGAGCAGACAAUAUGCCCUUUCUAUCGCAAACGUUUGCGAGGUUUGCACGGACCUAUGACAUUGAAUUGAGAACAUGUAGUCCGCACUAUCACAGAAGUAAUAGCCUGGCAGAAAAGGGAUGUCACACAGCAAGGAAAAUACUAAAGAAAAGUAUGGAGCAGCAAAAAGAUUUUAGAGAUCUGCUAAGAGAGUACAGAAACACGCCACUGUCAAGCUUAAACAUUUCACCGUGUCAACUACUAAUGAGCCGCCAGAUAAGAACAUUAUUACCAGUGACAAGUCAAAUGCUUCAACCCAAAGUUGAAAAAGACGCACAUAAAAAAAUGAUAUUAAAUCAAGAACGGUGCAAACAACAGUAUGAUAAGACAGCCUUAAAACAGGCUAGCGAGUUUAGAGAAGGAGACAAGGUGGUGAUAAAAACAAAUAAGAAUGCACAGUGGGAACCUGCUACAGUUGUAAGGAUACACGACGCUCCACGAUCCUACGUUGUAAGGAACCAGAAUGGAAGAGAAGUGAGAAGAAAUGAAACACACAUAAAAGCGUCUUCAAAAACAGAAGAAAGUGAAAGACAUCAAGAAGUCAUAUUGCCAAUAAACAGCGAAGAAAAGAAAGGAAGAAGUAAAGAACAUCACAGGAGAGCUCAGGAAACAUCAGACGGUGUAACAAAUGGUUUUGCAGGCUUCGAAGUGAAUACUUAUAAAGACCAUGUAGUGAAUGAUGAAAAUGGUAGUGCAAAUAGACAAUCAUAUAAAUUUAGUUUAAUGGAAGCUGACAGGAGUGUAGGGUGCACUAGAAUGCAAGAUACUUCUAUCAAACCAGCUGGUGUUAACAGAACAACAGUAACAAGAUCAGGGAGAGUUAUAAAUCCUCCCAAGAGGUUGAACAUGUAAUGUAUGUACAGUGUAUUUGACAAACAACUUUGAAAGGGGAGAUGUUGUAGUGUAGUCAUGAAGUUGGUGCCACUGUAAGACAGUUGUGAUGAUGGUGUCAUGGAGCUGGGAUAAACACGGAGUGGUAACAGAUAAUAAAUAGAAUAGAAGCAGUGUAUGUGAUAUUAUUAUAUGUCUGCCCUUACCCUGAAUGGGCACUACAACAGAAGAUGUUCGGCGAACAAUGAUAACUAACGGGGAAGAAAAAUGGAAUAAUGCCAGCUUAAAAGCAGCACAGCAGCAAGAUCCUGACCUGGCACCUAUUAUAAGCUGGUUGGAGAGUGGUACUGGAUGUUCAAUAUGGCAUGAGAUCUCCAGUGACUGAAGGGCUGUGACAGCUUAACUGGGCACAGUGGGAUUCCUUGAGGAUGGUGAAUGAGCUGCUAAUGAGGGCAUGGGAGAGUCCAAAUGGAAAAGUAGUUACAACACAGCUACUCCGUCAAAAAUGUCUAGUGGCAGAGGUGUUGAAAGAAAUCCAUGAUGAUACCUCUGGUGGUAAUCCAGGGGUGAACAAAACUAGCCAAGAUCAGUCAAGGCGUAGAGGUGUCAAUAGGAUGUAAAGGCUUGGUGUAGACAAUGCGAAGCAUGUGCGGCUAAAAAAUGGCUACAACACCGGAGUCGUGGGAAAAUGAGGGCCUACAAUGUAAAGGCCCCCUUUGAGGACUUAAGAUGGUAACCGGUAUAUUCUGGUAGCAAUGGAUUAUUUCAGUAAAUGGCCAGAGGCUUAUGCACUUCCUAACCAAGCAGCCACUACCAUUGCGGAUGCAAUAGUCAACAACUUAAUUUGCAGAUUUGGGGUACCAAUGGAGCUACACUCGGACGAAGGCCGCAAUUUCGAGUCUACAAUAUUUCAGGAGAUGUGUCGGUUGCUGAGAAUAAAUAAAACCAGGACUACAGCCCUACAUCCUCAGUCCGAUGGCAUGGUGGAGAGGUUCAACAUAACUCUGGAGGAACACCUUGCCAAGGUUGUGGCCAAGCAUCAACAGGAUUUAAAUCAACACAUCCAGUUGUUCCUGAUGGCAUAUAGAUCUUCCAUCCAUGACUCCACUGGGCAGACCCGUGCAAGUAUUGUUUUUGAACAGGAGUUGAGGCUGCCCUGUGAUGUCAUGUUCGGUUGUCCUUGCAGGAAGCCGACCAGCACCACUGAAUAUGUGAAUUGUCUAGAGAAGCGAAUGAUGCUUAUUCAUAAAGAAACUCGCGAAAAUCUUUGAUUAGCGAUGAAUCAAAUAAAGAUGAGGUACGACCUGAAGGCUAACUCAACUGGAUUUCAGGAGGGCAAUUUGAUGUGGCUGUACAACCUGCAGUGAAGGAAGGAAAGGUGCACUACAAGCAGCAUGGGAAGGCCUGUAUGAAGUCUUGAAGCGGCUAAAUGAUGUGGUCUACCGGAUCCAGAUAGGAAAGAGGGGACGGAUGAAAGUGUUACAUUUGGACCAGUUGAGGGAGUAUGCUGGAAGGGGUGCAUUACUUGUUCGGGGUAGUGUUUUGAACGCAAACCGGACUGCGACACAAACCAGGUUCUGAGCUGGCUGGCAGCCCUGAAAGGCCACUGGCAUCAUGCGCGUGUCACGUGGCCUCCACUGACGUAAGGCAUGCCACGCGUGCCUGGCCAGAUUACAAGGGUCGUCGCUACCCCCGUCCCUCCUCCGCUCCCCGCACAUCGUCCUAUCUCAUCACCAUUAUCUAUCACUGAGCGGUCUUGGGAAUUCUGCAAGCCGCCGCGUAAAGUGGUAUGAACUAAUGACACCC